AUGUGCGCCGCCUCGCCCGGGGACACGGGGUGUCCCCGCCGCCCCUCCCACGGGGCCGCCGUCGCACUGCCCCCUGGGACAUAGAGUUCUCCAUCGGCGCAGUCGGGCGUGCGGCAGCGGCAGGAAAACCACAGUUCCCGGGAUGCAGUGCGGCGCGGUCUGGCUCGGCCGCGCUCCCGAACGCGGAAACGAGGAGGCGGUGUGGAAGCGCUGACAGGGCUGGGCGUGCUCCCGCGCGCCAUGGCGGCGCUCGGCGCCUACCGCUGUAUCGAGUGCAACGGGGAGGCGACGGAGCUGUACCGGGACUAUCAGCGCGGGGUGCUCCGUAUCUCCAUCUGCAAAUCCUGCCAGAAACCUGUGGAUAAAUACAUUGAGUAUGAUCCUGUUAUCAUCUUGAUUAAUGCUGUUUUAUGCAAAGCACAAGCAUACAGGCACAUUCUUUUCAACACAAAGAUAAAUAUUCAUGGGAAGCUCUGCGUAUUUUGUUUGCUCUGUGAAGCUUAUAUCAGGUGGUUGCAACUACAGGAUUCAAGCCAAAAUACAGAUCCUGAUGACUUAAUCAGAUAUGCCAAAGAAUGGGAUUUUUACAGAAUGUUUGGCAUAGCUUCUUUAGAACAAACUUCAUUUUUCAUUGGUAUUUUCAUUACCUUGUGGUGGAUGACACCUGAGAUGCUGAAAAGAAAGUCUGACUUCAUCUUACUUCUCAAAGCACUGCUGUUGUCCACCUAUGGAAAGCUCCUGCUAAUUCCAGCUGUUAUUUGGGAGCACGACUACACACCUUUGUGCCUUGCAUUUAUAAAAGUGUUUGUCUUGAUAUCAAACUCUCAGGCAAUUAGAGUUACGUUGAACUUGAACCGAAUAGUCCCUUGGUUUGCCAUCUUCUUUGGAUUAAUUUUGGAAAAUGGUGUGGUCUGCUUGUUCCAGAAAAUGGGAUGGGAUGUUUGAAAUGUCAGCCCAGUGAAGAAAUACCAACAACAUGAUAAUAAUUUUCUAAGAAUGAUCUCUGCCAGCAGGCUCCGAAAGCACUGUUUUCAUAGGGAUAAAGAAGGUGAUAGAUAACAAAAAAGCAUUAGAAAUUUGGCUAUUUCCUGUGCUGAGCCAUAAAAAUUUAGCCUUAGGUUGUUUAUUUUCCCAUUAAAAACACGAAUGUCUCACUAUCCUAACAGUUUUACAAAUCUGGCUGUAUCACUGUGGCUCUAAGAAGAAAGGUACACUAAAAAACCCAGCCCUGCUACCAAUCAGUGCAUUUUGGCAGAGAGAGGAGGAUGAAUUGUUCCCUUAAGAGGAAGGGAGUCAGUGGAAAAAAUGAAAAAGCCAAAAUUUAUAUUUCCGUAAAACCAGAUUUUCAAAGAGAAAAGUGAACAUUUGCAAAUAGUUUAUUAGAGAAAAGGCAAGUAUUCCAGAGUGAAACUACAGUGGGAAAGCCAAGCUGCAUUCUCUGGAAUGUUUGUGUUAACAAUCCAAAAUAAUAAAAUAUCUACUUCUAGAGUAAUCUCUAGGAAUGAUAGUUUUAAACUGGCUUGACAUUUUAGGUAAUCUCAUAAAUACUUGAAAUUUUGUGUGAUCUCAUAAAUGCUGCUUUCUUCUGAAAGCUGAAGGGAGAGUGAAAGGACUGACCCCCAACAUGCAGGGCUGUUCAGGAUACUGCUUCUUCUGAAUUUAAGUCACAUUCCCCACACCCAGUCUUCAUCUGGCUGCACAUUGAGUGGAAGCAAAAAUCGAAACAUGAGGCCAUUCAGCAAUAGAGUAGUAGUUUAAGAAUAAUAAAACAAACAAAAAUGUUUAGGCCUAAAUUAAUGAAGAAACAUUUAUAGAAGUUUUGCACCUUCUUCCUCAGCAGGCUAAAGGAGAGCUAAGUGGCCCACAAAGGAACUGAUAGAAUCAAUGUCUGCAAGACAGUAAAAAGGGCACAAACCCACUUUUGUGCAGACCAGUUUCUAUUCAUCCCAUCCAAUAUUUAACUCUCCUGCUUGAGUUCUGGAAGGCUGUACUGUCCAUAGGGAUUACUUCCAUUCUUUGUUUUUCUCAGAUGCUGUCUCAUGUCUGUGUUUUCCAGAAUUAAUCAAAAAACAUUUUGCAACAUCUUCAAGUUAAUUCCCAACAGGUUUAGAGUAAGUCUAGAUUAUGACCACAAAAGACAUCAAACAUGUUUGUCUGAUGGAACUGCCCAUGCUAUGCAAGUUAUUUGAUCAGAAAAGCAAAUGGUUGCUGAUUCUCUUUUAUUAAAUCAAAGGCUGACAGCACUUUUGUUGUUUGUGUUACACUUUGCAACUUCCUGAGCAUGUCAGAGAAAGCAAGAAACCCCAAUUGCAACAUUUUUAAAUAUGGGAGACUCUUAAUUUGAUUGGUAAUGAAUUAAUUUCCCCAAGUUGAGUCUGUUUUGUCCAUGACAGUAACUGGUGACUAAACUCUCCCCAUCCUUAUCUCAGCCCAUGAGCCCUUUUGUUUGUUUUCUCUCCAGUGCCUAGCUGGGGAGUGACAGAGCAGCUUUGGUGAGCAUCUGACAUCCAGACUGGCACUGGCAGUGGUUUCAGUCUGGAGGCUGAGUGGAGCCCAUUUCAGUGUAACUAAUGCAGGUUGUCAUAUGUAAACGUGAUUUUGUCAGCAGCAAAAUUGUAAAUACAAUGUAAAUAAAUUUUAUUUGAGAACAGUCUUCCUAAAUUAAACUUGAUUUUGAAUUUUUAAAAACUG